UUUUUUUUUACCAUUUAUGCUGUCACAUCUAGUCAGACACGGAAAUAUAUUUACAAGGACGAACUGAAAGAUGUGGAAGUCAGUGGUGGGCCACAAUGUGAGCAUGAAGGUGCACGCAGAAGGUGACGACUGGGAGACCGACCCAGACUUUGAGAAUGAUGUGUCGGAGCAGGAGCAGAGAUGGGGGGCCAAGACUAUUGAGGGCUCCGGCCGCAAAGAGCACAUCAGUGUUGCAGAGCUGAGGCAGACGGUGGCCGCGGAGCACGAGCAGGUGAAGCAUCAGGAGGAGACCCCCAAAGCGUCUUACGGCUAUGGGGGAAGGUUUGGAGUAGAGAAGGACCGCAUGGACAAGGUGGCCAUGGGACACGACUAUGUGGCUCAAGUGGAGAAGCACAGCUCCCAGAAAGAUGCGGCCAGAGGCUUUGGAGGGAAAUUUGGGGUUGAGAAGGACCGCGUGGACAAGUCUGCUCUGGGCUUUGAGUAUAAAGGACAAGUCCAGCAGCAUACGUCACAGAAAGACUACUCCAAAGGCUUUGGGGGCAAAUACGGCGUGGAGAAGGAAAAAGUGGACAAAGCCGCACUGGGCUACGACUACAAAGGCCAAACAGAGAAGCAUCAAUCUCAAAAAGAUUAUUCCAAAGGGUUCGGGGGAAAGUUUGGCGUGGAGAAGGAAAAAGUGGACAAAGCCGCUCUGGGCUACGACUACAAAGGCCAAACAGAGAAGCAUCAAUCUCAGAAAGAUUAUUCCAAAGGGUUCGGGGGAAAGUUUGGCGUGGAGAAGGAAAAAGUGGACAAAGCCGCUCUGGGCUACGACUACAAAGGCCAAACAGAGAAGCAUCAAUCUCAGAAAGACUAUUCCAAAGGUUUCGGAGGAAAAUAUGGCGUGGAGAAGGAGAAAGUGGACAAAGCGGCCGUGGGAUACGACUAUUUGGGCCGCACGGAAAAGCACCAGUCCCAAACAGAUUACUCAACAGGUUUUGGCGGUCGCUAUGGUGUGCAGUCAGAGCGUAUGGAUAAGAGUGCAUCAGGCUUCUCCGACAUGGACUCUCCUGCCUCUGCUUAUGAGAAGACACAACCAAUAGAAGCCUCCGGCGCCAGCGCGGGGAAGCUUAAGGCUCGUUUCGAGAGCAUGGCCAAGGCCUCUGACGAGGAGAACACACGCAGAGUAGAGGAGGAGAGAAGCAGGCGGAAGGACAGAGAGAAGAGAGAGCGAGAGGAAGCCAAACGUGGACAGCAGGUGCAGAAGAGCAGAGAGGCAGCAGAGUGUGAAAUCCCACCAGAGGACGACUUGAACGUGCAGGAAGAAACACAACCACAGAUUUAUGAGGAGCAGCCAGAAUACGGCGAUGAGCCUCCAGCUUUGCCCCCACGCUCAGACCAUUUCCAGGAUGAACUGCCCCCCCGUGUGGAACAGGAGGGGAUCGACGUGUAUGAUGAACCCACGGUGGAGGAUGGAAGCGACGACUACGAGGAAGUUGCCACAGCGCCCCCUGUGGUGGAGGAAAUAGGCGACGAGUACGAGGAAGUUGCCACAGCGCCCCCUGUGGUGGAGGAAAUAGGCGACAAGUACGAGGAAGUUGCCACAGCGCUCCCUGUGGUGGAAGAAAUAGGCGACGAUUACGAGGAAGUUGCCACAGCGCCCCCUGUGGUGGAAGAAAUAGGCGACGAUUACGAGGAAGUUGCCACAGCGGUGCCUCCUCCACCUUGGUCAGCUAUAAAUGACUACGAAGACCUGUCAGCUGGCGUUCAAGCGAAAGCAAUAUAUGACUAUCAAGGAGAGGACACCGAUGAGAUCUCCUUCAACCCGGACGACCUGAUCACCAACAUCGAGAUGAUCGAUGAGGGGUGGUGGAAGGGCUACUGCCACGGACGCACCGGCCUCUUUCCAGCAGCGUACGUUAAGCUGAUGCAGUAAACUACGCUACUUUUAGUCACGGUCUUGAGUGGUGAGCCUUGUAUGGCAACAAAUUCAAUAGGCCUGUGUUCCAGAUAGUUUAUUUGAAGUCUGAGCUUUGUGUGGUUUAAAUGGGAAAAUUGUAAACGAAGAAAACAAGUACUUGUAGGUGUUUUAUCCAUCCUGUUUGCUGAUAAAAAUAUCAAAAUAUACAUGAGAACGAUCAAGCCAUUGGUCUGCUCACAUCUUCUACUUGCAUCUGUCCGUACAUCUAUAGCUGCUGCGCCACACAAAUAAAGACAAUAAUAUCCUUAGCAUUGUUAUCCUCAUUGUGAGUCACUUGUCAGAGUCAUCAUGGAUAAAAUGUAUUUACAGUCUCUGAGGGUGAAGGUUUGGGAGCAAAACAAAGAUCUUGUUUCACCAGGCAAUGCCCUUCUUCUUCUUGACCCGACCCCCUUUCUUUCUCAGUCGCAUGGCUUUCAGCUUCUUGGCCUGUCGCUGGUUCAUCCACACAGGAUACUGUCCAUGCUCAUUCAACAUAGUCUUCUUGUUGCGCUUGCUGUCCAAGUCCAUUUUACGCUCUGCAAUGCGAAUGGGGGAAAAAACAAUUAAAAAUAAAUCAAUGAUAAAGAUUCCAAAGGAAGGCAAUUAAAAAUAAACCAAUGAUAAAGAGUCCAAAGGAAGGAUGAUGAUAAGCCUCACUCACCACCAUCGCCGGCUUCUGUUGUAACAUCAGCGUCCUCCUUGAUCUUUUCAGCCGGCACCACAGUGGCAAUCUCUUCCAGGUCGGUCAUGAUGGCAUCGCCUUUCUUGUCGUUACUCAGGGCUUGUUUCAGGCGGACUAGCUCCUUUGGGGCGUUUUUCUUCCUCUUCUCUGCUCGCAUCUUCCUCUUCCGUUUGCUACGCAAGCUUUUGGCCAUGUUUGUUGAUGUUCUGU